AUGAUCUACUUACUCAAGGUUAUCUCCGGUGCAGGUCUUAUUUUGGGAGCACACGGUCUUGCGGUUCCUACCCCAACCAGCACUGGCAUUGUCGCCCAGUAUACCAUCCCCACCGAAGCCACCAACGGCCAGAAUCUGAUCGCCAAUAUCGAUGACCCGGAGGCAAUCGAUGCACAGACUGUUUGCCCCGGUUACAAAGCUUAUGAUGUGCGUCAGACAAGCUCGGGCGUCUUCGGAUCGCUCAAACUUGCUGGGGAGCCCUGCAAUGUCUAUGGAAUAGACGCUGAAUACUUGACCUUCUCGUUUGAGUACCAGGCAAAGGAUCGGCUGAAUAUUGCAAUUACUCCGGCUGACAUUGAGCCCGACCAAACCUCUUGGUAUAUUCUCUCCCCCAAGCUUGUACCAAAGCCGGAGGCGGAAGAGGGCAUGUGCCGUGAAUACAGCGACCUUGUGGUCAGUUGGUCAAACGAACCGACCUUUACCUUCAAGGUAACUCGGAAAGAAACAGGUCAUAGUCUGUUUGACACAACGGGAACGAAACUGGUCUACGAAAAUCAGUUUAUUGAGUUUGUCACUGCAUUGCCGGAUGAUUAUAACCUGUAUGGGUUGGGGGAACGGGUUCAAGGAUUGCGGCUUCCACACAAUGCAACCCUCACAACGUAUGCGGCGGAUAUUGGGGAGCCAUUGGACAGGAACCUGUAUGGCUUCCACCCAUUCUACCUUGAUACUCGUUACUACGAAGUUUCUGCCUGCGAACCAUACAAGCUUGUUACGACUGACAAGGUGGAUGCCUCCAAGAAAUAUCGGUCCUUCUCCCAUGGAGUGUUUUUCCGAAAUGCUCAUGGCCAUGAGGUCAAACUCCAGCCUGGCCGUCUGACCUGGCGCACCAUCGGCGGCAGCAUAGACCUGUACUUUUAUGCCGGCCCUACCGCGGCCACAGUGACACAAAGCUACCAGCGUAGUACGAUUGGGUUGCCUGCAAUGCAGCAGUACUUUACUCUUGGAUACCAUCAAUCCCGUUGGGGCUAUAGGAACUGGACCGAACUGCAGGAGGUGGUGACAAAUUUUGAGAAGUUCAAUAUCCCGCUGGAAACUAUCUGGACCGACAUUGACCACAUGAAGGGGUAUCGGAACUGGGAAAAUGAUCCCGAGCGAUUCUCGUAUGAAGAAGGCAAGAAAUUCCUGAAAGACUUGCAUCAAUCUGGUCGCCACUAUGUUCCAAUCCUGGACACAGGUGUUUACAUCCCAAAUCCUGACAAUGCAUCUGACGCAUAUGAGCCAUAUACUCGGGGCACAGCCUUGGAUGUUUGGCUCAAGAAUCCGGAUGGUAGCGCCUACAUUGGGUCGGUCUGGCCUGGUUAUACCGUCUAUACCGACUUUAUCCAUCCCAAGGGAGUACAGUACUGGGCAAACGAGUUGGCCCUGUACCAUGAAAACGUUGAGUUUGAUGGUAUUUGGAUGGAUAUGAAUGAAGCCUCGUCGUUUUGUGUUGGCAGCUGUGGUUCCGACUCCAUUCAUCUGAAUCCUGCGCAUCCUCCUUUCAAGCUACCAGGUGAUCCUGGGUAUCUGAUAUUGGACUACCCCGAAGCAUUCAAUGUUACAAAUGUGACGGAGGCAGCCUCUGCAUCUUCCGCAGCCGCGAGUCAGGAUGCAGCUAAUUCCGCUGCACAGCAAGCUGCUCCCACCACCGCAACGCCAUAUCUGCGCACUAGCCCUACCCCAGGUAUUCGGAAUGUCAAUUGGCCACCAUAUGUUCUGAAUCAUGUUCAAACGGGACAUGAUCUCGCUGUUCAUGCAAUCUCGCCCAAUGCCUCACAUGCAGAUGGAACACUAGAAUAUGAUGUCCAUUCGUUAUAUGGUCACCAAACCAUCAACGCAACAUAUCAGGCUUUGCUAGCUAUAAGCCCAAAAAAGCGACCAUUUAUCAUUGGUCGCUCCACAUUUGCUGGAUCCGGCAAAUGGGCUGGCCAUUGGGGUGGUGAUAACUAUUCCAAGUGGGGAUAUAUGUAUUACUCUAUCUCCCAGGCACUACAGUUCUCCCUCUACGGGGUCCCGAUGUUUGGUGUUGAUACUUGCGGCUUUGACGGCAAUACUGAUGAAGAACUAUGCAACCGCUGGAUGCAGCUAUCAGCCUUCUUUCCUUUCUACAGGAAUCAUAACCGGCUGGCUACCAUCCCACAGGAACCCUAUCGCUGGGAUUCAGUCCUGAAAGCCUCACAAGAGGCAAUGAAGAUUCGUUACGCACUAUUGCCUUAUUUUUAUACUCUGAUGUACCAGGCUCACACAACGGGUUCAACUGUUAUGCGGGCGCUCUCUUGGGAGUUCCCUGAUGAUCCAUCGCUUGCCUUAGUGGAGACCCAAUUUAUGGUCGGUCCUGCUCUCAUGAUCGUUCCUGUCCUGCAGCCGCUCGUUAAAACGGUAAACGGAGUCUUCCCUGGCCUCGUGCACGGAGAGAAGUGGUAUGACUGGUAUACCCAGGGAAGUAUUGAUCACGCACUUCCUGGCGUUAAUACCACUAUCGAUGCCCCAUUGGGUCAUAUUCCCGUCUUUGUUCGUGGCGGAAAUAUCCUCCCUAUGCAAAAUCCUGCACUAACCACCCGCGCCGCGCGGGACACCCCUUGGUCAUUACUGGUGGCUCUUGAUAACAAUGGGCGCGCCUCAGGAACCCUGUACAUGGAUGAUGGGGAAUCGCUCAACCCCGAGGCAAGCCUUAUAGUUGAGAUCACUGCCGGUGGCAGGCAGCUGUCUACCUCAGUGUCUGGGUUGUGGAGAGAACUUAAUGCCCUCGAGAAGGUGACGAUUAUGGGUGUCCAGGAAACGCCGGAGAAGGUCAGAUUUAAUGACCGUGAACUCCACCACUCUGUACAUUAUAAUUCAACAUUCCAGGUUCUGACUGUUGUGGACUUGCAACGGACUACAAGAAACGGAGCGUGGAGUGAUGACUGGGUCUUGGAAUGGUGA